GUCGCUCUGUCAGCUCACCAAAGCGUGUCUGGAGCUAUUGCAUAGACCUUGGCUCGCAACCUGGGCCAACUGAAAGCUGCACUAGAAGCCUAUAGAUCAUCUCUCCGCCUGUCCGAUACCAAGGCCACAACCACCUGCCGAAACCAGCAAACCACCGCCGACCGCCCAGAUGGAAACCAACGACUCUGCUGCGGUAUCAGCACCCGGAUACCCACCAUCAAGCCCGCACUCUGGCACCGCGGCGACAUCACCACCGACACUUGCGCCCUUGCUCCCUGUCCCCCUGGCAUCGUCGUUUGCCCCUGAGAAUUCGGGCUCGUCUUCACACAUGUCUGGACCACCGCUAACCCCGUCGUUCACCUACAAAAGACUCAACUGGAUCAACUCCCAGCCACACCAUUUCAAUCCUGACGACUCCUCCAUCAUCGGCAAGAAGCGCCGCAGACGUACCACCCAGGACGAACUGCAUGUUCUUGAGUCGUACUUUGAAUCCAAUCAACUUCCGAAUGCCGCCAUGCGCGAGAAGCUUGCCAAGGAGACCGGCAUGACCACCCGUGCGGUGCAAGUUUGGUUCCAGAACAAGCGCCAAAGCUUGAAGAAGAAGCAAUGUUCCCAGCCGCCCGUCUCCCCGCCGCCGUACCACGCGAGGCCCUUGGAGCUCAGCUCGCCGAUCCGGGUGUCGAAUCCGCUGCCCCUUCCCGCCAGCAUAGCGUCCAGCCCGUCCAAUCCAUCCAAUCUGCCGAGUCCAUCAAAUCCAUUACAGGCCUAUUUGAUCGGCUCACCUGAAGUCGAGUCGCCCCAGAAGCGCUCGGGAACCAAGGCGACACCCGUGUUCCAAAAGUUCAAGUUCCACACUUACAGCUCCCCAUCCUCCUCAGCAUCAAAGAUCGCCGUCCCUGAUUCGCCCGCAGAGCUCACGGCCAUGUCCCCGAGCAGGCGCCCCAUGUCUCAGGCUCAUCACUCUCCUCUGAAGCCGCCGGCUCCGUCAGCUCGCAGAGCUCACUCUCACCUUUCGCCAUCGACACCGACCCGUCCCGCUGCCCAGAUGCCGGCGAGUGUCCAAGACGACGACCUGGCGGCGAUUGCUCUCGUCGAUUUGUCCCAGUCACUCUUCAACUCGCCGACCCGGCCCCGUGUUCGAGCCACAAAGACCCCACAGAGCCGUCGUGCCGUACCCGUUGGCAGCUCCGAAAAGCGAAGCGGCCUGCCAUCCGACCAUCACGAGCCCUCUAACCUGGUGCCCCAACUCACCCUUUCCGACUCUCUGCUUUCGUGCGUUUCAUCGUCAUCGUCGAGCUCUUCGCCGCCGAGCUUGAUAUCUGCCCUCGCUGCUGCAUCAUCGUACGACUCGGAUCGCGGGCCGCCCGGCCUGGCCCUGGACUCGGCCAGCUCCUGUGACUCUGUGGAUCUGUCGGAUAUGGAGUCGUUCAAGGCGAAGCGAACAAAGACAUCUGGCCUUGACAGAGCACCCAGGUCCUCGGUGGCAAACGAUUCUGGCGAGGACACUGAGUCGGAUGCAUCCACCGCAUCCACCGUUGUGCUUUCGAGAUCAGACUCGUCUCUGCCAGCAAAGCCGGUCUGGGCACCGAGUCCCCCAGUAUCCGGAGCAAGUGUUGGCACGCUGCAGGCGGCACCGACGCUCACCUCGUAUAUCUCGUCCAAGGAGGAAGAAGAGGCUCUGGCGGUGCUGACGUCGCUGUCAGGGUGUGCUGCCGACAAUGUCGGCCCCACAGAUGCAGUGGCCGAGUCUCCUCUCGAUGUUGAUGGCCCCUCAAAUCGAUCGUCGUGAAGAAUUUGGUGGCUCUGCUUUCUUUAUCACUAUUUUUUCUUGCUUCCUCAUGAUUUUUUUUUUUGGAACCUUCACAAAUUGGCUCUGGGCCUUGACCCGCGACGAUGAUGCCGACGUGCCCCUGAUGUAUUCACU